AUGGCACCUGCUUUGGGUGUCAAAAAUGGUUGUACUGCGCAGUUAAUUUGCAUGAUGAUUCUUGCAGUUAAUAAAUUUGAAAGAACCUUUCAGCUUUCUCUUUGUGGAUAUUGCAAUAAUAUUUUAAAUCGAUUAAAAUCUAAAGAUAAAAAAAAAGCAAUAAAAACAACAACUAAACCAGAUGAACUAGAUGAUGAAUUUGGUGGCAUGAGUUGA